CGACCCAUUUCGAUCUCUCCUCAUACACCCCAAUGGCGAAGAAAAAUACUCCAAAGACGGAAACACCGCCGCCAGAAGCCAAGGGUAGGAAAAAGAAGGGCGAAGAAUCAACGCCUGAGCCUCCCAAGCGCAGUGGGAAAGCUGUCGUGGCUGCCAACGCGUCGUGGACGGGGAAGCUCCCGGGAAACCUCCUCCAUGAACACGCACAGAAGCAGAAGUGGGAAAAGGUCCAGUACGACAUGCGUCGGGGUAAGGGUGGAUUCAUCGCAACGACGAUUUUGUCAUGGAAGAAUCCGAAGACGCAGGAGAUGGUGGUGCUCCGGUUUGAGCCCAAGACUGCGUUGGUCACAGGCCAGGAGACCGCGUUGGAAGCACGCCACUUUGCAGCGACAUACGCGUUACACCGCAUCUGUUUCGAGAAGAACAUUCACAUGGUGUUGCCCACGAACCACAAGAACUUGUGGUUGGACCUCGAGAAAGAGCGCAAGGAAAUGCUCAAACUGAACCCUGGCAAGCAUAGACAGACAUACAACGCCGAACCGUUUGUGGUGCACUUGGAGCGAAAGAAGGAAGACGAGCGGAAAGAGAAGGAGCGCGCGGCGCAGCAGAACAGCGAGGAGAAACAGCAGAAGCCGACGGUGGCCAUUUCUUCAGCCUCAUUCCCCAGAAAGGCCUGGGAGGAGGCCACCCACAUUGAUCUCCACCCGGAAAAUCGCUCGCUCAUUGAAGCCACGCUCAAGCAUCAUGUUUCCUGGACCAUGGAUGAAAUUUCCGCUCCAAACCCCGAUUACACCCCAAGUCUCACCAAGCUCGGCUUCCGGAGCAUGCAUAUCGAUGAGGCCCUCCAAUACACGGCCACAUUCACUGACACACUCGAAUGGUUGUUGUUCCAUGUCCCGGAGGAUGAUUUGCCGGCGUUCUUUGCGAAAAAUAGCAAGGACAGCAACGUGAGUGUGAAGAAGGUUGGGCAAAAUUUGCAGUUGGAGUACGCAGUCGCGCGCAUGACAGAAAGCGGCUGGUCGCGCGAUGAAGUCGUGCACGCGUUGGGAUCCGGUGACGAGGUCUAUGCGACUGUCGCGUUGUUCAACGAGCUCGCGGGUGGUGACGUGGACACUACCGAACUGGAUGAGAGCAUGGAACUUUGGACGGAGGAGGUAGAAAGCCUAUCGGUCAUCUAUGACGAACUGAGGGUGUCCCAGGAGACAGAUCCGCGGAUCGUUGAGAUUUCACUCUCGCCACACCACCUCGCCCCGGGCUUGCUUCUUCUCCGCGCGUUCAAGUCGCCGGGCUACCCCAGCACGCUCGCUGGAUUCCAGCUUAUCGUGGGGGACAAGUCGUUCCGCCUUGCGAGCUAUAUCAAGCUCUCGAUCUUGAAGCAAUUAGGCACGUUUCUCGCGCUGAGCGGGUACCUCGGUGACUGCUAUAUUUAUUCGGCGGUGGACUGGUUGGAGGAGAAUAUCCACAGGAUUAUCGAGAACCCCGGGCCGUUGUUUGAUCCGGUGGUGGCCGAGAAGCAGGAGCGCGCGCUCGGGUCCACGAAGAAACACGUCAAACAUGUGCCGGCCGCCAAACCUCUUUCACGCGCGCAGGUACAGGCGCGCACGCAGGAGUACCAAACACGUCUCGCGAGCGCAGCCAUGAAGCUGUCGCUUGCGAGCAGGGCGAAGCUUCCAGCGUGGCAGAAGCGCCAGCAAUUGGUGGAGGUGAUUAGCGCAAACCAGGUGACGGUCGUGACGGGGGAAACCGGGUCGGGGAAGUCGACACAGAUCGUUCAGUUCAUCCUCGACGAGCUCAUGGCGCGCGGUGAACUCGAUUCCUCGAUCAUGUGCACGCAACCGCGGCGUAUCUCGACCAUUGGUCUCGCUGAGCGGAUUUCUGACGAGCGCUGCGACCGGUGCGGUAAUGAGACCGGAUACAUCAUUCGCGGUGAGAAUAAAACCAACACUAAUACACGGAUCACGUUUGUCACCACCGGGGUAUUAUUGCGGAUGAUCCAGGGGAUGCUCAGCGGAAAGUCUUCGGGCUCCUUCUUUGACCGUAUUGGUUACAUCUUCAUUGAUGAGGUGCACGAGCGCUCCAUCGACAGCGACUUUCUCCUUAUUAUCUUGAAGAGCAUCAUGGCGAAAUUUCCGCGCCUCAAGAUCGUGUUAAUGUCUGCCACCAUCGAUGUGAACAUCUUUCGCGACUUCUUCGGGGUCCCGCUCAACCACAUUCACAUCGAGGGCCGCACGUUUCCCAUUCAGGACUACUACCUCAACGACGUAUUGGGGGACCUCAACUUUACCAUCACCAACCACCACGACGAGGUGCUCACACCGAAAGCGGACUCGCCGUUCUUCCAGGCAGGGAACAUCAACUAUGAGCUCGUCAGCAAGCUCGUAGGACAUAUCGACCGGAGAUUGACGGCCGAGGGCAACACCGGCUCGAUCUUGAUCUUUCUCCCGGGGAUCAUGGAGAUCACCACAUGCAUCCGCGCGAUUGAGCGCGACUUCCGCGGUGCAAGCCUCCUCUUGCCGCUCCACUCUGCUCUCUCGUCACAGGAGCAGAAGAAGGUGUUUAACUUCCCGCCGAAGGGGACCCGGAAGAUUGUCGUAUCGACCAACGUGGCAGAAACGUCGAUCACCAUCCCCGAUGUGGUAGUCGUGAUUGAUUCAGGCCGUUCAAAGAGCAUGUUCUUUGAUGCCCAAUCUGGGGCAACAAAGCUCGUAGAGAACUGGUGCUCGCGCGCAGAGGUGGGUCAGAGAAGAGGCCGGUCUGGGAGAAUCACGAACGGUAACUGCUAUAAGAUGUACACCCGUGAGACCGAGAGCCAGAUGCUCGCACAACCCGUGCCCGAGAUUCUUCGUACGCGUCUUGAGUCUAUCUACUUGGUAGUCAAGGCCAUGGGCAUCCACAACGUGACGGCGUUUUUGAACUCGGGGCUCGAUGCCCCUGACUACCGGUCGUUACAGAAGGCGCAUCAGACGUUGGUCGAGAUUGGCGCCUUGGCGAAUGACAAGAUCACUAAUAUGGGAACCUACUUGUCGUUGCUUCCGACUGAUCUUGCCUCGGGAAAAUUACUCAUCUUCGGUACUAUCUUUGGCUGCUUGGAUGCAUGUUUGACGCUAGCGUCGAUGUCUUCAAAUGGCAGUCCGUUUAUCAACGACUUUCUGCAGAAGGAGAAGGUCAAGGCGGUUCAGAUGGAGUUCAGCGAGGGCCGUGGUGAUCUCAUCGCUGUGGUGAAUGCGUAUAAGAAAUAUGCAGAGGUCCAGAAACAGGGCGCGGGGGCGGUGAAGCGCUGGUUGAAGGAUAAUUUCCUCUCGUAUCUCACAAUGAAGGAGAUCGGGUCAACCAGGGCUCAAUACGUGUCGAUCCUCCAGGACAUUGGCUUUGUUCCGUUCAAGUAUUCACCGGGAAAGGCUACUGCAUUAGACAGAAAUAGCCGAAAUUAUAAUGUGAUUAACGCGAUUGUCACGUCCGCGUUCUUCCCGAACUUGGCGAGGGUCCAGAGACCGGACCCGAAGUUUUUCAACUCUGCGGUGGGGGCCGUCGCAAAGGAUCCAGAUGCAAGACAGACGAAGCUUUGGAUCAGAAAUGAGAAGUAUAUGACUGAGAUUUUGUCGAUGAAUGAUUCUCGUGAGCUUCCUGCCACUCGUGCAUUCUGUCAUCCCUCGUCUACCCUCUUUGCCACCUCUGAAAACGCCAUUUUCGACAAAAAGGAGGACAUCCCUAUGCGCGAAGAUGGUAUCCCCGACUUUGACUACCUCCAGUCCAAGCGCGACCAGUUCGAUUUCACGCCUUCAGCUCCUUCCUCCAAGUACCCGCUCUUCAAGUCCUCCUUUGUUGUCUAUCGCGGCUCUCACCACACUACGAAGCUCUACCUUCGUGAUAUCACUCCCGCCACCACGUUGGUGGUGUUGCUUUUUGGCGGGAUCAUCAACUAUGAUUUGACUGGCUUAUCACAGGGCAAGACGUCGCCCGGCAUUGUCAUGGAUGGCUGGUUGCCCAUCCGCACGUGGUGCAAGAACGGGGUCUUGAUCAAGAAGUUGCGUCAGAUGUUGGACGAGGUGAUCCGUGAGAAGUUGGAGGCCCCGUCCUACGACGCUGCGGGUGAGAAUUCUGUCGGCGACGAUCCAAUCGUAGUAGCUCUCCAUCGAUUUUUAUAG